GUAAAUGGUUGCUUAUCAUACUACGAUAAGAUUCUAGAUGGCUUUUACCUGAUUCGGGGAAUGGAUCCACUUGUAUGGACUUUAUGCACUGAUGUGCAAAUAGAGAGUCGAAUUCCAUCUAUUGAAUCACUAAGGACUAUUCAACCCAUUGAUUCAUCAAUUGAAGUGGCUGUGAUAGAUAGACUGGGUGAUUAUGAUUUAAGGCAGCUGCAAAAAACAGUACUUAGCAUUUCGUAUAAUCAUGGUACAAGAAAGGAUGUCAUUGAUAAGCUUGCCAGACUUGUCUGCACUCAGAUGGGGGGUGUAGCUUCUGAUGAAGAAUCUGAAUUGCUUCCUCGCUGGAAAGACUGCAGUGAGUUUCUUAAGGCCAGUUCAGGUUCUGUUGUGUUCCCAUUGGGCAAGUUAUCUGUUGGUCUCUGCAGGCAUCGUGCUUUAUUAUUUAAGAUGCUAGCGGACACAAUCAAUUUGCCUUGUCGAGUUGCCAAGGGUUGCAAAUAUUGUAAAAGUAAUGAUGCUUCCUCAUGUUUGGUGCUCCUUGGGCCUGAAAGGGAGUUUUUAAUUGAUUUGAUCAGAAACCCAGGCUCUGUAUGUGAACCUGAUUCCUUGCUGAAUGGUCUCUCCUCCAUCUUGAUUUCUUCACCCUUACACAUCCCGAAAUUCAAAAUGGUUGGUAUUACAGAUAAUCUAAGAUCUCUGGCCAAGCAAUAUUUCCUUGUCUGCCAAUCACUUAAUCUCAUGUUCAGAGAUGCUUCAGCAGGUGGUGAUGCUGAAGUUUCUCAGGCUACUCAGCCUCAUGCUGAGAGAGUUGCUCAACCUGAUGGCCAGGAUGGAAAUUUGCUACUACAUGAACUACACAAUCCUUCCCAGAAUGUUGUAAGCUCAGAACAGAUAUUGCGAGAACAGAGCCAUGUAAAGCAGAUUGCACAAGUUGGGCAUCUAAAUGUUUCGCCAAGUCUAGCCUUCUCUGAUUCAAGGGCUGAGAAAAAUAAUGACUUGAGAUUCAUCAAGGAACAUCAUUUUGGGCAAACUAAACCCACGAAAGAUACAUCGCUUGCUAUGGAUGAUUUGAUGAUUCCAUGGAGAGAUCUUGUGUUGAAGGAGAAAAUUGGUGCAGGUUCUUUUGGAAUUGUACAUCGUGCUGAUUGGAAUGAUUCACAGGAUGUUGCGGUGAAGAUUCUCAUGGAGCAGGACAACCAUCCUGAGUGCUUAAAAGAGUUUUUAAGGGAGGUUGCAAUAAUGAGAAGUCUGCGGCAUCCUAAUAUUGUUCUUUUGAUGGGUGCUGUUACUCAGCCUCCUAACUUGGCAAUUGUUACAGAAUACUUGUCAAGAGGCAGCUUAUAUAGGCUUUUACAUAGACCUGAUGCAAGAGAAAAUCUAGAUGAGAAGUGUCGUCUAAAUAUGGCUUUUGAUGUGGCAAAAGGAAUGAAUUAUCUUCAUCAGCGCAAUCCCCCAAUUGUUCAUCGAGAUUUGAAAUCCCCAAAUCUCUUGGUUGACAAAGAAUAUACAGUGAAAGUGGGUGACUUUGGCCUCUCCCGGUUAAAGGAGAACACGUUUCUAUGCUCCAGGACUGCAGCAGGGACUCCCGAGUGGAUGGCACCAGAAAUUUUCCGUGAUGAACUGUCAAAUGAGAAGUCUGAUGUUUAUAGCUUCGGUGUGAUCUUAUGGGAGCUUAUGUCAUUACAACAACCAUGGAGUAAUCUAAAUCCAGCUCAGGUUGUUGCUGCUGUUGGUUUUAAGGGCAGAAGGCUCGAAAUUCCUAGUGAUGUAGAUCCACGAGUGGCUGGUAUAAUCAAAAGUUGUUGGGCUAAUGAGCCAUGGAAACGUCCUUCUUUUGCCAGUAUCAUGGAAUCCUUGAAACCAUUAAUCAAGAUUUCCAACACCACAACCAGUUAAUGCAUGAGUGUUGCAGUUAACCUAAAAGUGGUGAUAUGAUGGUUCUCUUGAGCUCUUAAUAGGAAUUUUCUCACCAUUUGAACUAUUUUGGUGGUCAGAUUUGAAAAACAGAAGUUUUGUUCAUCAAGAUCAGCUUAGUUUAUUGCUAUCAUUUGAAUCCAUGACAUCUGGAGCCAUCCUGUGGAUCUGGUCGUGCUGGCUAAAGUUUUAUUAAAGACCGAAUAUUCCUUUCAUUUCAGGUCAUGCUGGUUGAGAGCUGAUUGGUUGUUAGAUGAAACCCCUAGAAUAAAGUUGUGAGCACAUUCCAGCAUUAGUUACAAUACAUUGAUUCUGUUACUGUUCUUUAGACAGGAUAAUUGGCACUUAUUUCCCUCCUGUAAUUGUUGGAUGGUGGAGCGAUGUAAAUUGCAAAGCUACGAAGGCAUAUGACAAGGAAAGUAUGAUGGCUUCUCUGCCUUUACCAGCAAGUGUGUUUGCAGGCCAAUGAUCUGUCAUGCAAGCAUGUGAGUUGCUUUGUAACUGAUUUAAAAGAAAUCAUAGAUAAUUGAGUAUAUUUACAUGUAACAGCAUAGCUCGAGCAUCAAAAUUUCUAGUUGGGGUAUGAAUUUGAGCAGCUUAAUAGGUCA